GAGGCUAUGCAACAUAAUGGCCUGACAUUGCUCACUCUUUGUCCUCAGACUGCAAGCCAAUAUUAACAGGUAGAAAAAUCAGUCUAUUCCUUCAUCUCUCUGUCUCUCUCUAUACCACCUUGGCUCCAGAAAAAAGAAAGAAGUAUCAUUUGGAUGCCUUUCAUUUCUACUUACUGAUGACAGUAAGAGUGUCUCCUAAUCCCUUAGAUAACCUGAUCCUGUUUGACGAGACUAUUCAAUGCAUCCAAGGCAUAUAAAAGGUCUUUCUAGUUCAUUUAGUCACUUAACUCAUUCAGACAAAAGCCGGUAGUUUCCCCUUUUCUCGCCAAGGGGAAGAAGAGUGGGAGAGAGAGAGAGAGAGUUCGACAGUACCGGUGGCGAUGGGUCGUGGAAAGAUAGAGAUCAAGAAGAUCGAGAACCCGACGAACCGCCAAGUAACCUUCUCCAAGAGGCGGGGAGGGCUGCUCAAGAAGGCCAAUGAGCUUGCGGUCCUCUGUGAUGCACAGGUGGGGGUCAUCAUCUUCUCCAGCAGUGGAAAGAUGUUUGAGUACUGCAGUCCACAUUCGAGUAUGAGGCAAAUCAUGGAUAGCUACCAGAGAGUCACAAACACUCACUUUGAGGAGAUUAAUACUCAUCAGCAAAUAUUUUACGAGAUAGCGAGGAUAAAGGAUGAGAAGGAUAAGCUGCAGGAAAGCAUGAAGCAGUAUGUCGGCGAGAACUUGACAUGUUUGACUUUGAAUGAGCUGAAUCAACUCGAAGAACAGCUCGAAUCCUCCGUAAACAAGGUCAGAGUAAGGAAGCACCAGCUGUUGCACCAGCAACUGGACAAUCUACGUCGCAAGGAGCACAUCUUAGAGGAUCAGAACAGUUACCUAUGCCGCAUCCUGUCGGAGCACCAGGCAGAGCUGGAACACACGCAGGCUGCCAUGGAGCACAAGGUGGGUGAUGUGCCGAUGCUGGAACACUUGGAAAACUACUACUCCGGGGAGCCAUCAGAGAGCUUGCUGCAGCUUUCACCUCAAACGCAUGCUUUCCGGCUGCAGCCAACACAGCCCAACCUGCAGGAGGACAGCCUCCAGGGCCAUAACCUGCAGCUCUGGUCUUGACUUUCUACAUGGACUUCAACAGAUUCCAAACUCCAAGAGAAGAAACAAGCAGCAGGAAAAGAGAAAGGAUACCGAGUCAUCACUCUACUGAAAACAACUCAUUUUUAGAUUAAUAUACUUCUUCUUUUCUAUAUAUCUGUAGGAAAUGAUGUUUGCAAGCAUGCUUCCAUGGACAGUUUAGGCAUCUUUGAUGUUGUUAUGUGUCUGUGGCUAUCUAUCCAUAUAUGUGAGAUAUCAUCCAGUUAAAUACAGUUGGGUCAUAUACGUGAUGCCAUCAAAUAUGAUGGCAUGUUGUAUGGCGUUUAGUAGGCUAAAUAGAGUUGUGCGUGCUAAUCCAACUAUUUUAAUGGAACACCAGACCACCUGGCGUAGACUAUGAUUCAGAUGAUUCUGAGUUCUUGAUA